AUGGAUUUUCCACGAAGCCAGCCUACGUGUCUGCUCCUGGCUCCUCUUGCAUUAGCUCUGGGCUCCAUGGCGCUCUGGUUGACCUUGGUCGUUGUUCUCACCUGCUGCAGCGGUUUCGCCUCCCCAGGCCCGGUGCGCCCCCUCACGGCCCUCAAGGAGCUCAUUGAGGAGCUGGACAACAUCACCCAGAAGGUGAGUGCCCCCCUCUGCAAUGGCAGCAUGGUGUGGAGUGUCAACCUGACAGCUAGCCCGUACUGCGCAGCCCUGUACUCACUGAUGAACAUCUCUGACUGCCGUGCCAUCCAAAAAACCCAGAGGCUGCUGAACACACUCUGCCAGCAGACGACUUCAGCCGGGGUAAGGCCCUUGCCCCACACCCUUCCCUGCACCACUCCUGCCAGCCCUGGACUCCAGGUCUCCAGCCAGCCUGUCCGAGACACCAAGGUCGAAGUGAUCCACUUUGCCAAAAGCCUCCUCCAGCAGUUAAGGAAAGCUUAUCGCCACGGAAAGUUCAACUGA